AUGCAGUUAGAUAUUCCGUUAGAUUUGAUCUUCAAAAGACUCGGUGGUAGCAAUAUCCAUGUUCACCAUCUCAAACGAUAUUACCAAGGCGGCACUGCAGUGGCUGCCAUAGCUAUACUGCUUAUUCUUAGCAUGCUCAAUAUCUUUCAGGGCAGUGGACGUAAUACUGCCACGGGAGAAGGAAGCAUGGCGCCCGAUUUGACCGCAUACAAGGAACCAGUGUUUGAAUUACGCCCUCCAACACCGGAAGCUGGACUUCCAAUGGACGUCAGCAGAACAUGUAAAGAGACGAAAGUAAUAUACAACAAAGUAGAAAAAUGUGGCAGUCGAACUUUCUUGUAUAUAGUGCAGAAACUUGCGCUUCGGAAUAAAUUCAACCACGGUUCUAGUAGGCUUUGGGCGCACAAGUAUACUGGAGCAGAAGCGCAGAAGGCUUUUCUAACAGAAGUUAAUAGUUUGGAGCUGCCGUUGCUCUACGACAGAUCCAUACAUUAUGUACAUUUCCCGCGCUAUGGCGCCCAGCGUCCAUCUUGGAUCAGCCUCAUUCGAGACCCUCUCCAGCGAUUCAUGUCUCAGUUUUAUUACAAACGCUAUGGCGAUAAGCGAACGAGGCCAGAUACAUUUACCAACAUUACAGACUCUAUCGCAAAACAAACAUUUGAUAAGUGUGUGUUAAAUAACCACAAGGAAUGCAACAAAAAAAAUGCCAUGCAAGUAAUACCUUAUUUCUGUGGACAAGGAGCGGGAUGUCGAAUUCCAAAUCGCUGGGCCCUAGAAACUGCGCAGAGAAACGUCAUUGACAAUUUUGAUGUAGUAGGGAUUCUCGAAGAUUUAAAUUCAACCCUGUUUGUUCUUGAGAAUGUCCUUCCGCAGUUUUUCAAAGGCAGUAGAGACGCUCACCUAUCACUAAUCUAUGCUGGUGUCAUUCAAGAUUAUUCUUCACAAACCGACGAUACUCCCUCAACUGAAGCGAUGGAAGAAAUGAAGAAGAGACUGGCCCUGGAAUAUGAAUUCUAUGAUUUUGUUAAACAGCGACUCAUGUUUAUGAAAAAACAAUUUAGUGCCCUUGAAAGCAUGCCUAGCCAAGCUAGUAUUGCGGACGUUCAUGAUAAUAAAACAGAAGUAGCUGACGAACUCGGUGUCGACGCUGAAAUGAACCAAGACAUUGAAGGCCAAAAUCAAGCUACCGACGAAGAAACUACUGAAAACGUAUUAGUCAUUGACAAUACAGAUAGCUGA